CAGAAUUCCUGCAUCAAAACCCAUGAUAAAACACUAUACAUAUAUGUGUAAAAUGAAAUAAGCAUAUACUACUUCAAAACCACCAACAACCUAAACGCCGAUGAGUUAUAAUUACCAGCAUGUUCAUCAGGGUCCCUACCCUCCACCAGGUUCUGCGCAGCAACUGCCGGGAGGAUACCCUACGGUGGAGCCACCGCCGCCGCCGGGAUAUACCUGGGAGGGCCAUCCUCCGCCGCAACCUCCAUUUGGUUAUCAGGGCUACUUUAAUGAGGAAUUCCCUCCGCCGCCGCCGCCACAACACAUCUACCACCAGCAGUAUGAGGAUUCUAACUGUACUUCACUCUUGAAAGGCUGUUUUGCUGCACUUUGUUGCUGUUGCAUGUUGGAAGAGUGCUGCUGCUUUUAGCCGAACGGCUAUGGCUAUGGAGCUUCUCCGUGUUUCUCCUGUCUCGGAGAUGGGCCAAAAACGAUACCAAACAAAGUGCUACUUUGUUCAGAAAAUUUUCAUGCUUAAUUAGGCCUACUGUCUAUCGACCUUUUACAGUAUGCGAGCUUAGCUUUGUGCCCAACUCUUUCUUUGUCUGUAGGAGGAAUUAAAGCCUUCUGCACUACGUUGGGGUUUGGUGAUAUUUGAAUUAAUGUAUGACUGGAAUAUUAGAGCUA